AUGAUUGGAAAUAUACCGGCUGAUCUACUAGAUUUGUCGACACCAAGUGUGAUUGAAGAAAUUUACACAUGGCUUGGAACCAAUAUUCUAAUAUCAAUCAAUCCAAAAAGCGCCUGUCCACAAAACUACUCAUGUGAUAAUUGGAAUGAUUUUAAUGAGAUUCCCGAUUGUUGGAGAAAGCCGCACGUUUUUUCUAUGGCUGAAGAGUGUUUAUAUCAGUUAUCAUCGACACAAAAUAAUCAGUCGAUAAUUAUUACGGGCACAAGUGGGUCUGGGAAAACAGAAGCUACUAAACAUAUAUUACGCUACUUAACCUACAAAAGUAGUAUAAAGCGUCAGAAACAAAUAGCAAAAGUUGAAACUUAUAUUGAACACACACUUAUACAAUCGAAUCCUGUGUUAGAAGCUCUUGGCAAUGCACAAACUCAAUUUAAUGAAAAUAGUUCACGUUUCGGCAAAUAUAUACGCCUAUUGUACGAUCGAAAUCAAAUUCUCGUUGCAGCAAAGUUGCAAAUUUAUCUUUUAGAAAAGCCUAGAGCUGUAUUCACUUCUCAAACGCUUUUCUCGUCAUUUCAUGUAUUCCGUUGGUUUUGGAAUCUUUAUCAAAAGAAGAUCAAAUACAAUUUGGUUUGA